AUGGGCCGCUUAAGCCCAGACUCGGCCGCAGGCAUUUUAAAGAGAUGGCUUAAGUCAUGCGACAAGCAUGAACAAUGCUCAGUCAACUCUCAGAGUCCACCAAAACGAUUGGUCUACAUCUCCUCGAACGGGCAGAGACUGAUAGAGACCAAGGACCAUCCGAUCACCUGUUGGCCGUAUGCAACUCUCAGUCAUUGUUGGGGAAAUUUGAUCGAUGUUAAGCCGCUCCAGACGACGAAAGAUUCAUACGAGGCAAGAAUAAGAGGAAUAAAGUGGGAGGAAUUGCCAACCCUCUUUCAAGAUGUCAUCACUCUCCUUCGGAAGCUUGGCCUAUCCUAUCUCUGGAUUGACUCGAUAUGUAUAAUUCAGGAUGACGAUGAUGACUGGCUUGAGCAGUCGGCACAAAUGGCCGGAAUCUACUCAAACAGCUACCUCAACUUGGCGGCCGCGACGGCUGAAAACUCGUCUCAAUCUCUCUUU